GGUGGCAGAGGUAGCUUGUCAGUCUCUUUAGUAAAAGGCAGUGCUGCAUGCACUGAUAUCCCGGCUUUUUGUCUCAGGAGCAAAAGACACACGUCGUCUCAAAAUGAAACGAGCUUGGGUUGUAGGUCUCCUCUUCGCACUCUUAGCCUUUGCUGCCGUAAAGGCGGAGGAUGAAGUUGACAUCGAUGGGACAGUCGAGGAGGAUCUUGGGAAAAGCAGAGAUGGCUCCAAAACAGAUGAUGAAGUGGUGCAGAGAGAGGAGGAGGCUAUUCAGCUGGACGGACUGAAUGCAGCUCAAAUCAAGGAAAUCAGAGAGAAGUCUGAAAAACACGUGUUUCAGGCAGAGGUCAACAGAAUGAUGAAGCUGAUUAUCAAUUCUCUCUACAAGAACAAGGAGAUCUUCCUCAGGGAGUUGAUUUCUAACGCCUCAGAUGCUCUGGAUAAGAUCCGCUUAUUGUCUUUGACCAAUGAGGAUGCAAUGGCUGCUAACGAAGAGCUGACAAUCAAAAUAAAAUCUGAUAAGGAGAAGAACAUGCUGCACAUCACCGACAGUGGUGUUGGAAUGACCAAAGAAGAACUGGUGAAGAACUUGGGCACCAUCGCCAAGUCCGGCACCAGUGAGUUCCUCAACAAGAUGACAGAUAUGCAGUCGGAGGAUCAGUCAACCUCAGAGCUGAUUGGCCAGUUUGGUGUGGGUUUCUACUCGGCUUUCCUCGUUGCUGACAAGGUCAUCGUGACGUCCAAGCACAACAAUGGCACCCAGCACAUCUGGGAGUCUGACUCUAACCAGUUCUCUGUGAUUGAGGACCCCCGUGGGGACACGCUAGGCAGAGGAACCACCAUCACACUGGUCCUUAAAGAGGAGGCCUCAGACUACCUGGAGCUGGAGACCAUCAAGAACCUUGUCAGGAAAUAUUCUCAGUUCAUCAACUUCCCCAUCUACGUCUGGGCUAGCAAGACUGAGACAGUUGAAGAGCCAAUCGAGGAGGAUGCUGAGGCAGCAGAGGAGCCAGAGAAGGAGGCGUCUGAAGAUGACGCAGAAGUCGAGGAAGAGGAGGAAGACAAAGAGAAGCCUAAGACUAAGAAGGUUGAGAAGACCGUGUGGGACUGGGAGCUGAUGAAUGACAUUAAGCCCAUCUGGCAGAGACCAUCUAAAGAGGUUGAGGAUGAUGAGUACAAUGCGUUCUACAAGACCUUCUCUAAGGACACUGACAAUCCUCUGGCUCACAUCCACUUUGUGGCUGAGGGCGAGGUUACCUUCAAGUCCAUCCUGUUUGUGCCCACUUCAGCUCCACGUGGCCUGUUUGACGAGUACGGAUCCAAGAAGAACGACUACAUCAAGCUGUUUGUGAGGAGAGUUUUCAUCACAGAUGACUUCAACGACAUGAUGCCCAAGUACCUGAACUUCGUCAAGGGAGUGGUUGACUCUGAUGACCUUCCACUCAAUGUGUCAAGAGAGACUCUGCAGCAGCACAAACUGCUCAAGGUUAUUCGCAAGAAGCUGGUGCGUAAGUCUUUGGACAUGAUCAAGAAGAUCGCGGAGGAUCAGUACAACGAAAAGUUUUGGAAAGAGUUCGGAACCAACAUCAAGCUGGGCGUCAUCGAGGAUCACUCCAACAGGACCCGUCUGGCCAAACUGCUCCGCUUCCAGACCUCCAACAGUGAAACAGUCCAGGCCAGCUUGGAAGAGUACGUGGAGCGCAUGAAGGAGAAGCAGGACAAGAUCUACUUCAUGGCUGGAACCAGCAGGAGAGAGGCUGAGUCUUCCCCCUUCGUAGAGAAGCUGCUGAAGAAGGGCUACGAGGUGAUCUACCUGACAGAGCCCGUGGACGAGUACUGCAUCCAGGCACUGCCUGAGUUUGAUGGAAAACGCUUCCAGAACGUGGCGAAGGAGGGCAUCAAAUUCGACGAGAGCGACAAGGCAAAGGAGAAUAGGGAGGCCCUGGAGAAGGAGUACGAACCUCUCACCACUUGGCUGAAGGACAAGUCUCUGAAGGACAAGAUUGAGAAGGCGAUCCUCUCCCAGAGACUCACCAACUCCCCCUGCGCUCUGGUUGCCAGUCAGUACGGCUGGUCAGGAAACAUGGAGAGGAUCAUGAAGGCUCAGGCCUACCAGACAGGAAAAGACAUUUCCACAAAUUAUUAUGCAAGUCAGAAGAAAACAUUAGAAAUCAACCCCAAACAUCCGCUCAUCAAGCAGAUGCUGAAAAAAGUCAAUGAAGACGCCGAGGACCAGACUGCGUCAGACCUGGCCGUGGUUCUCUUUGAGACAGCCACGCUGCGCUCAGGAUACCAGCUGGCCGACACCAAGGCUUAUGGAGACAGGAUAGAGCGCAUGCUCCGACUCAGCAUGAAUGUAGCUCUGGACGAACAGGUUGAAGAAGAGCCAGAGGAGGAGCCAGAAGAGCCAGCAGAGGAUGACGACCCUGAAGAUAAAGAGGAAAUUAUGGAUGAUGAGGAUUAUGAUGAAGAAUCGACAAAAACAGACAGAGACGAACUGUGAAGCACUGAAUAAAGAGCGUGUAACAACAGAGCUGGAAAUGGAUUCAAGUUUUGUUCCAGCUCCACUGUGGUCAACGUUCUCCUGGAUGGGGUCCCUGGGUCGGGGUUUUUUAAGGCGAACAUUGUUUGUUUUUGUUUGUUUUUUUUAUCACAUUCCUCAUGACUGUAAAUUUGUUAAUAUUUAACUGACCUGUUUAUGGAAAGAUACGAUCCUGUCUCUUGAUCGAAUAAAUGUUUCCUGAAAAAGGA